UCUGGAGGAAGGUCAGGACGUGUGAGAUUUUCUUCAGAUUCUAAUGCCAAACACGAAAACUUGUAUAGCAUGCUUCAACAGCCACCUCUAGAUGAAGGAGCAUCAGCGUCACAGCAGUCGUGGCAAGAUUUGGAGGAUGUUUUGACUAUCGUGCAGCAAACGCUGAGCAACUUACUUGUGGACUCACCUGAUGAUCCCGUGUCUCAAGAAUUGAGUGCUCGGGAACUGUUACGAGUAUUGAAAAAAGCGACUGAAGGCACUAAGGCAUCCACGGCAGGACGAGAUGCUGGAGGUGCAUCCAUAGAUGCCUUCGACUUGCUCACCUUGUCUCCUGAGACCGUUUCGGACAUUGCAGACGGGCUGUUUCCCAGAAAAGCGGCUGUUGGCACGACUGGAGCGAGUAGUACAAGAAAAGCGGCUGCAUGUGUCGACGUGGGACCACCACACUACAAUGCGAUUCGUGGCACCACUGAUCGCCUAGACGACAUUAUCGACCGCUAUGAAAAACUCGUGUCCACUGAAGAAGAGAACUCGCACACAGUGUCAUCGACGUCUUACCUCUUCGAAAGACCGAGUCGUGCACAAGUGCAAUACGAGGAUCAAGAACAGCGGGAUAGAGAAGAGGAUGCCGGAGCUAAGGAGAAGGAUGGCGCAACUUUCCUUUUCAGUAGCGAGCCCGACAGGGGAGAGGAACCUGAACAGGCAGAUCUUUCUGCAGGAGGCCUGAGUCUAGUCGAUGACGUCUUAGGGGAGUUCGAACAAGAUGUAAAAACUGUCAACGCCGGAGAUGGACCCACUGCUGUAGAAGAUCAAGGCCAAAACUCUUCUUCGAGCUCAUCUCCACCCAGGAGAAAAUACACCAGUCCUGGUUCACAUGCGGCGCACGCUUGGGAUCGCGCAAGACAGGCCGUGCUAAGUGAGGAGACGUCAAAUUUGGUUCGAUUGAAGGUACAGCCAAAGCGGUUCGCCACGCCGCGCAGCGAGUUAUUUUCGAUUACCGAUCUGUUAGCCAAGCUGGUCAAAAUGGCUGUGGGAGGGUCAAGCAGUUCGAGUAGUGGAGGACGCACAACAGCAAGAGAACCGCAAGUAGAGCAGGCGAGACUUUCUUCACCACGUGUGGUAGUGCAGCAAGUCGUUGUGGAUCAUCAACCUUCAUCUAUUAU